AUGACACAUUACAGUUCAACGUCAAAACCAGCACAAUUUUAUUCCUUCGUCGACGUCUGAUAGAGUAGUAUAGUCUCUUAUAGCAUUCAGCAAAGUGGAUUUCACAGUACAAGUUGCAGCGAUGGCUGCUUCAGGAGAAUAGCCAGACCCUCAUCCUAGGCCUUCGCUUUGUCCAGCAGAAGGGAAGGCAGACUUUUAUGGCACUUGUGUUUGCCCCUAGACGAGCUUCUGGCAUUGAUCGGAAAAAGAAAAUACAAUGAUUAACCAUGAGGAAGGAGAGAUGGAAAAAGAGGAAAGAUUCCCUGCAGAAGACUAUGCUGCAGAAGCUCUGGCUGCUGAUAUGGAUCCUUGGGUGAUUUUUGAUGCCCGAAAAACUCCUAGAGCAGAAUUUGAGGACUGGUUGGACACUAACCGACCUUCCCGAGUUUGCCGUUAUGGUGACCCUGAUCGCAACACUGAACCAGUAGGAUGGAUUGCUGUAUAUGGUUGGAAUCAUAUCCCAGAUACAGGGGAUGUAGAUGCCCUCCAAGACGAUUGGGAAGGGUUACAGAGCAGUGGCAGAGAAGUCAGUUUUGAAACUAUUAAAGAACUUGCUCUUAACCAUCGAGUUCUCACUGGCAAGUGGUUGAUGCAUCUGGAUACAGGGUUUAAGGUGGACCAUGCAUGGCGAGGUAUUGCCCAGUCUGUUCUAGAUGGUAGAAUAGCAGAGGCUAAAGUGAGCCCUCAUAUACCAGACUUGAAUAGUAAGCAUGUUAUCUGCGUGUACAACAGAGAUUUUACUAAUGUACAAGAGGUAAUAAACUUGGAUACUGCCAUACGAGCUACAGGAGUAAAGUGCCAGCUGUCAUAUAAACCAGAUGUGUACACAUACCUUGGAAUAUACAGAAAUAAUCGCUGGAGACUGUGCCCUACUAUAUAUGAAAGCAGAUUCGAUCUGGAAUGCAUACCAAGAAGAUCUCGGAUUAUCAACAAAAUAACAAAUAAUGAAGUGACUUGAAAGAGAAUACUAGCUAAUUAAACCAAUACACUACAUUUGCUUUAAUGUUUGUUUUUAGUUUUCUUUUUCUUUCUUUCUUUCCCUGUCACUGACAGAGUAAACCACUCCUAUCAAAAACGACUGUUACUAUUUUGCCAUUAGCUGCUUCUGAACUUCAGAACUCUGUAUGGGAGGGGUUUUUGAUUAAUUUCUUUGGCAACUGCAUUUUUUAUUUAAUUGUGCAUCAGAAAGGAGCAGUGAUUUCAUAAUGAAAUAAACCACAACAGGCAUGUUGUAAGUUGGUCGUCAUAAAGUUAAAGCUAUAAGCUGGUUAGAAUUCCUGCAAGUGCAUAAACUGUGAGUAUGAAUAAAGUAUGCAAUCCCUGAUACUAUAGCUAUUAUAGUUGUGGAGGUGGGCUAUUUUUAUCUGACUUACUAGAUAGAUUUUAGUUUGGAUAUUGUCAUAAAGAGUUGCUUGCAUACAAGUGCAUCUUUAUUCCUUGUUAAUCUCUUGUUAGAUUAGAUGUUGCAGACUGUAUUUUUAAGAUUUCCCAUCUAUUUUAUAACUGAAAACUGUGGAAGUUGUUUGUGCAGCUCUUGUGGUGCUCCAAAAAUGUAUAAAUAAAUUAACUUUCAAGA